GCUGAGGCGGCGCGCGGGUCCCCGGCGGGCUCGGCGGUGUGCGGGCGGGCGGGCGCGGGCCGGCACGGCGGCCUCCGGGGCUCGGAUCCGGCACCACCCACCAUGGCGUCUCGGGCAGGCCCGCGAGCGGCCGGCACCGACGGCAGCGACUUCCAGCAUCGGGAGCGCGUGGCCAUGCACUACCAGAUGAGUGUGACUCUCAAGUAUGAAAUCAAGAAGCUGAUCUACGUGCAUCUGGUCCUAUGGCUGCUGCUGGUUGCCAAGAUGAGCGUGGGACACCUGAGGCUCUUGUCACAUGAUCAGGUGGCCAUCCCUUACCAGUGGGAGUACCCGUAUUUGCUGAGCAUUGCGCCCUCUCUCUUGGGCCUGCUCUCUUUCCCUCGUAACAAUAUCAGCUAUCUGGUGCUCUCCAUGAUCAGCGUGGGGCUCUUUUCCAUUGCUCCCCUCAUUUAUGGCAGCAUGGAGAUGUUCCCCGCCGCACAGCAACUCUACCGCCAUGGCAAGGCCUACCGCUUCCUCUUUGGUUUUUCUGCUGUCUCUGUCAUGUACCUGGUAUUGGUGCUGGCAGUCCAAGUGCAUGCCUGGCAGCUGUACUACAGCAAGAAACUUCUAGACUCUUGGUUCACCAGCACACAAGAGAAGAAGCGCAAAUGAAAGCUGCCUGAUGGCCUGCUCUGGGGUGGAGCCUGGGCCCCCCCCACCCCCCCCCCCCCUUGAGCGGAGUGAGGUGGGGGAACUGUUCCCAGUCUCUCCUGGUGAUUUGGGCAGCUGUCAUGUUGGUGCCUAGUGAAGACUAGGCUCACAUUUUGGCCUAGAGUUCCGUUGCCAUCUGCGGAAGUGCAAGAAUAUAUUUAAAUUAUUUCUGAUUCAGCAGCUGGGUGACCUACUGCCAUGCAUUGAAGUUAAGGCCGUUGGGUGUUUCCUUUAAGACUGAGCCUCAUCCUUGCCUCCUUUGGUCAUUAUCCCCAUGUCUAUUUCUCACCUCUUUACCACCCAGAUGUCAGGAAGUAAGGAACAAAUUAAUUCUGCUCCAGUCUAUUAGCAAGAAACACUUCAGAGAUUGCGCCCCCUGCAGGCUGUGCUCUCCACUGCAAAGCAUUAAGAGAAACUCAAUAAAGUUCCUCAGACUGCCCUGUC